CCCUGUAUCUGCCCGCCCCCCCUUGCUGUCCCCAGCCUUGUCAACACGGCAGCGCCCCCUUCCUCAGAGUCGGAAAUCCACAGAAGAAGUCGCAUCAGCCUUUCCGUCUUGCCCACUGCCCAGCAGAUAGUCCCCCGGCAACCGAACGCCAACUCUUCCUCCGCUUAAACUCAACCCGGGUGGCAAAGGAUUCAAAGCAGAAGGGAUCCAUUGGAAAGCGUCUAGUCAGUGCAUACAUCCAAGUUUCUUUACGUCGCCCACCGCCGCUUGAGCCUCGACAAAAGUUUCAACCCGGUUCAAAGGUUUCCAAAGCGUGGAGAUAUCCCCGGGUCCCACAUUUUCAUUCGGAACCGGUAUACCGCGUAGCGCUGCUCUCGGACAACUUAUCCCCCUCCCACCCAUCUCCCUCUUUCAACCCCAACCCCAACACCACCAACGCCCACAGCAGCAUGUCUGGUAGCAACUCCACCUCGGUGUUCAACGCCCUCGGCUCUUAUGCCGACCGUAUUAAAGACGCCAACGGUAAUCCCAUCAAAUCUUCUGCCCCUGCGCCCCCUGCUUCUUCUUCCGAAGUUGCCCCUACUUCUCCGGCUGUCGCUGCGUCGAGUCCUGCCGCGCCUCAGCAACAACCGAAAGAAAAAUCCACUUCUUCCUUCAAGGAAAAGUCGUCAACGCCGUCUACUUCUACUUCUUCUACAACGCAGACGCAGGAGAAGCAGCAACAGCAGCAAGAAGACGACGGACCAUGGGAAACCGUCCAAUCCUCACGUCAGCGGAACCACUCUGCCCACACGCGUUCUGACGACCGUGACCGCCUCCCCGACCGCUCGGGCGAGGGAGGCAAGGAGGGUAAGGAGGGGAGGGAAGGGGCGCAUGCGAAGAGGGGGAGUAGUUCGAAGAAUUGGAGGGACCGGUCUGGCCGAGAGGGCGCUGGGGGUGGGGAAAAGGAGAGGGAGAGGGAGGAAGGGUCAAGUGGGGAUAGGAAGAGGGAUGGGAAGGAGCGGGUGAGGAAGGGCGAUAAGGGCUCCAACUCCAACUCAAACUCGGGUGCUCCUUCGACAGCCGCAGUCGUCAGUGCAGAGAAGGAGAAGGAGAAGGGGACUGAGAAGGAACAGCCGGCCAAGGCUACGACCAAGAGCGCUUGGAACAUCCCUUCACAAACCAUCCCCACUCCCACUCCCUCUGCCUCCGCCCCCGCUCCCGCCAGCGCCGCUCAAGAAACCUCUUCUUCCUCAAUAGCAACUCCCGUCACCGAUGCUUCCAAACCAACACCCACGCCACCCAACGGCACCUCCGCCUCUGCCGGCCGUACACAUUCGCCCAAAACGGUGGUUGAACAAGUGAAAGAAAAGGUCGAGGGGGAGCCUGUGGCGAAGCCCAAGGCUUCUGCGCCGGUGCCAAAAGUGAACGUAUGGGAUUUGCGUAAGAAACAGUCUACGAGUACCGUCCCCGCCCCCGCCCCCGCCCCUGCCCCUGCCCCUGCCUCGACCGGCAGCGGCAAGUCCACGGACAAGUCAAUACCGAACGGUACUGCCUCAAGAGACGACUCUGCGCCCACGCCUAGCGCCGCCGCUUCCGCCUCCACAGCUGGAGCCGGGAAGAAUGGGGGUAGUAAGAAAAAGUCUGCAGCUGCUGCUGUCGGCUCAACAGCGCCUCCUCUGGUGAUUAACGAUGCCCAUCUCUGGCCUGAUGUGGCGACAGCAGUGAAGGAGAAGGAGGAGAAGGAGAAGAAGGUGAGGAGCAAGGUUGAGAGUGAGACGGCUGGCAUGGGUGAGGAGAAUGUGAAUGUGGCGGGGACGGCUACUGGUAAAAAGCCCAAAUGGACGGCGAUCCCGGCGCACGAGAUGUUGGCUGCCGCCGACCAAGCUGCCGAGCAGAGCCGUCGUCAGAACAGGCUCGAGGCCAAGAAGAGGUCCGCCCGCGAAGGCGAGUCUAGCAGUGCCGUCCCUGGUAGUGGGAAAGCCACCAAGCCCAAGAAGGCUUCUGCUGUCGAGAGCGGUAGCGUGAAUGGUGCGGGUAGUAAGAAGGCGGUGCGCGCAGCGAAGGAAGCUGCUGGGAGUGGUGUCUCCAAGGGUGAGGCUGAGGUUGGGAAAGUGAAUGGUACUGGCGCUGGGGAGGGGAAAGGUAAAGAGCAGGAAGGGAAGGCAGGUACAUCCCCCCAAGACGCUUCCCCCGCGCCUCCUACUGCCGCCUCCGAACUCAACCCCAUACCCGAAUCUUCCGCUGCUCAAGCCGACCGCCAACUCGCGUCAAAACCCAUGCAAACCAGCCACACCGCGCCCAUCCCUUCACACACAUUCACCCACCCCACCCCCGGCGCUGCUGCCGCCGGUGGAGCCCGUCCGCCUAGAGGGCGGAACGACCCUGCCCGCGGCUCGUUCGGUGGACGAGGUAGGGGAGGGUUCAGGAGCAACUCUGCUAUCGCGCAUCACAAGGGCCACGGAGGGCCUUACACUUCCCCGCCUAUGGGCGUCAUGGGCCUUCCCAUGGAAGGUAUGCCCUACCCCUCCGCCAACGGUAACGCGCCCAACCUCUACCAACGAGGGUUCGGUAUGGGCUUCCAGCCCUUCUACCCCGCCGCUUCUGCUUCUGCUGCCGGUGGUGCGAACGGUUCACAGGCGCAGGGGAUCUACGACCCCAUGCAGUAUGCCAACGCCUACCGCGGGGCGAGCAUGCCUCCCCCGCCGAUGCCGCAGACGGUGGUACCGAACCUUGAUCCGCUGAGGUUCUAUGUGCUUGGGCAGGUGGAGUAUUACUUCAGUAUGCAGAAUCUCGCUAUGGACUUUUUCCUUCGUCAACAGAUGGAUUCGGAAGGAUGGAUCGAUAUCGGCAUGAUCGCCUCUUUCAACCGCAUCAAAUCCCUCACCCCCGACGUCGCUAUCGUACGCGAAACCAUGGCCCUCUCCAACUAUCUCGAAGUGCGCGAAGACAAGGUCCGCCUGGCUGGUGCCGAAUCGCAUCGAUGGGUAUUGCCUGAAGCGAAACCGAGUACUAUCAAGCCCGACCCCAGCCAAACUGCCGGGGGUAGUGCGGAAGAAGGAGGGAAGGAGGUGGUGGAAGGGUCUGAGGGUGUGGAAGGGAGUGGGAGCGGGGGCGAAGGUGCGGCGGCGGGGAUGGGCGGGCAGAGGAGUCCGGCAAACCCGCAAAGAGGGUUUGUAGCUGCGGACGUGCAGAGCGCGUUGAUGAAGAGCAGCUCGGCGAGGGAGGCUGCAAAGGAUAAAGAGGCGGAGGCAGAGGCGAGCGCGAAUACGAGUGUGGCGGAUAUGACGGUGACGCCUGCGACGUCGACGUCGGGCGAUGUGGGGAAGGAGGAGAAGGAAGAAGAGUCCAAGGCUGAGCAAUGAGCUAGGUCUUGAAAGCGGUCGAGCAUCGAAACAAAAAAAAAGUUCAAAACAUAAUACAACCAGCAUGUGCAUAGCCGGGGAAAUGACCGCUCGACCCGCCCAUAUACCCACAUCUCCUCCCCUCCAACCCCCUUGUAUCGCCACCGACCGCCCGCGUGCCCCCUCCAUAUGCUUGCCUUUUCUCUAUCAUCAGCAAACCCAAUCAACUGCGCACUUUCCAUUCCAAUUUUGCAUCAUCGGAUUCAUUCGUUCUCGAGUCCCAUGCUUCCCGCUUCACCCAUCCACACCUUCCUCCGCAUGGCUCCUUUUUCAUGUCUAUAACGACGACACAACCUUCUCUACUUCUCCAUUUGCCUUUCGCCCAAGUCGGUCUUGCCGUGUCAAGGCCGAGCGGAGCAAGUGCAUUCUUUUUCCUCUCUACUAUCACUCUCUAUCCCGGGCUUAUUCUUCUGUUUUCUCUUUCGUACUCCUAUAUCAAGUAGCCCAACAGUUUUUAACGGCUUCUACGUCAGACUCUUUUUCCUCUCAUACACAUUUCUCUUUUUCACCUCUUUCUCCUAUCUACACUUUUCCUUUUCUUUCGUUUUCAAACUGCAUAUACAUAUAAAUAGCUUCUCGCAUGGUUUUUGGAUGGAUAAAUCGUAUGGAAGUGCGCAAACACCCUUCAUCCUGGUUCGAGGCGAAAGAAUGAAAGAGUUUUCGAGGGGAAAGAAUGAAA